CCUUCACUUUCACCACAUAGCUUCAACUCAUUUUAACCAAAAUCCAAUUCCAAUCUUUUAACACUUAUUGUUUUUGCCUCAGUUAAGGCUUUUUUUCAAACACAUGUUGUCCUCAAAAGUUACCGAUUGUAAUGCUCAUGGGCAGGAUUCCUCGUAUUUUCUUGGAUGGCAAGAGUACGAGAAGAAUCCCUACCACGAGAUCAAUAAUCCAAAUGGUAUUAUCCAAAUGGGUCUCGCUGAAAAUCAAUUAUCAUUCAAUCUUCUUGAGUCAUGGAUCGAGAACAAUCCAACUGCAACACAAUUCAAGAACAAUGAUGAUCAUUCCGUCUUUAAAGAACUUGCUCUCUUUCAAGAUUAUCAUGGCCUUCCCUCUUUCAAGAAAGCAUUCGUCCAGUUCAUGUCAGAGAUAAGAGGAAACACUUUUACUUUUGAUCCAAACAACCUUGUACUCACCGCCGGAGCAACCUCCGCCAGUGAAACUUUAAUGUUUUGUGUCGCUAACCCCGGCGACGCUUUCCUCAUUCCGACGCCAUAUUAUCCGGCAUUUGAUAGAGAUCUCAAGUGGCGAACUGGAGCUGAAAUAGUCCCGAUUCACUGCUCAAGCUCCAAUGGUUUCCGGAUUACCAGAUCUGCCCUUGAAGAUGCCUACCAACAAGCAAAAAAGAAAGACCUUAAAGUGAAGGGUAUUUUCGUCACGAAUCCGUCGAAUCCAUUGGGGACAUCAUUGAGCAUCCAUGAACUCGAUCUCAUCUUCAACUUCAUAUCCACCAAGAACAUCCAUCUCAUCAGUGAUGAAGUCUACUCUGGUACUGUUUUCAGUUCACCGAAGUUCACUAGUGUGAUGGAGGUUCUGAAGAACAAAAACCUCAUGAACAGCGAAGUUUCUAACCGCGUUCACAUCAUCUGCAGCCUCUCAAAAGAUCUCGGUUUACCUGGUUUUCGAGUCGGAGCAAUUUACUCCGGCAACGGUGACGUCGUCUCUGCCGCCACAAAAAUGUCUAGCUUCGGUUUAAUUUCCUCUCAAACACAGUAUUUACUGUCGGAGAUGUUAUCAGACCGGAAAUUCACAAAUAUCUAUCUUUCUGAGAAUCGCCGGAGGUUGAAACACCGGCAGGAAACGCUGGUAAAAGGGCUUCAAAAGGUAGGAAUCAGAUGCCUGAAAAGCAACUCCGGUUUGUUUUGUUGGGUGGAUAUGAGACAUCUUUUGAGCUCAAAGACCUUUGAUGGAGAAAUCGAACUGUGGGAGAAGAUUGUGUAUGAUGUCCGGUUGAACAUCUCGCCCGGUUCAUCUUGCCAUUGUAGUGAACCGGGUUGGUUCAGGGUUUGCUUCGCCAAUAUGUCUGAAGAAACCCUAAUCUUGGCCAUGCAACGUGUCAAGUCAUUUGUGGAGUCAAUGUCGAAGAAAAAUAAUAGGAAUCGGCAUCAACAGAUGCUGCAUAAUUCUGCUAGGAGAACAAAGUCGUUACCCAAAUGGGUUUUUUCUCUUUCGUUGAACCAACUUGAAGUUGGGGAACAACGUUAGUACACUAUUACGUUGGAUGCCUUUGGCCAAUUAUUUGAUUGGAAUAUUCCAAAAUGGAGUUUCAAUCUUGUGGCGACCUUAAAAAAAAAAGAAAAAAGAAAAGAAAAGAAAAGAAAAAAAAAAGAAUGUAGACUAGCUAUUACAUUUGUUAAUUUUUUUUUAAUAUUUUUUACUUGAUGUAUAUUCUUAAUAUUUUUAUUUUAGGGGAUUAUAAUGUAUAGAAAGUUUGCGGUCAACGCAUAUGGAUUAGGAGUAGCAUUUGCUUCUUUAAUUACAUUGUAAACCAUUUAAAGUAAUUUUUAUGUAACG